AUGAGACAACAUCGACCGACACCGCGAAAAGCAGACCAAGAAAAAAAAAAGAAGUCCACCGACAAAGAGCCAAGUUCCCUUCGAAGAAGCAAGCAUGGACCCGCCACCCGCGCUUCCACCACGCGCGGUGCGUAUAUACGCGAACCCAACGACUUCCUCCCCCCCUUCGCUAACGCAAAAAGCCACGCGCCCCCCCAGGCCCGACACCUCGCCGACCACAGUCUCGCCCUCACCGCCGCCAUCGACGCCCUCCUGCACGACAAGUACCAGCAACACGCCGCCACGUCCAAAGCCGCCACCACCGCCCUCACCCACCUCUCCGCCCAAACCACCGCCAUCGCCGCGUCCCUUUUCCAACUCCACGCGUUGCUCCUCCGCGACCACGGCGACCACGACGACGAUGACGCGAGCACCCCCGCCGCUGCACCUCGCGUCGAUGGCGCGCUACGGGCCACCGCCUUCGCCUUCGCCUGCCUCGACGCCGAGGUGCGGCGGCUGUCGGCUGUAGCAGCAGCAGACCCGUCGCCGUCGCCGUCGCCGCCGUCGUCCGGGUCCGGCGGUGCUAGUGCUGCUGCACAGGAGGGGGAGAGCAAUGCGCCGCCGCCGCCGCCGCCCACGCGGAGUAAAUGGCGCUUGAAGAAGAGGAUGUCGAUGUCGACGUCGACGCAGGCGCAAAGGGCGUCGUUGCCGGAGUGGAGGGGCGAGGCGGUGGCGGGGUUGCUGCGGCAGUUGGGGGCGGUGAGGGGGGUGCUGGCGGGGUGGGUGAGGGGGCUGUUGGUUGUGGGGGAGGGGGAGGCGCGGGAAGGGCCGGACGGGGAGGCAGGGUUGAGGGAGGGGGAGAGGGCGUUGCGGGCGGCGUGGCCGGGCGUCGAGGGGCCGGACUUGAUGCUGCAGGCCGUGGGGGAGGAGAUGGGGUUCGUGCAGGCGGUGGUGGAGUCGCCGGCGUAUCGGGCGGCUGUGGCUGAUCGGGCGGCGGGGAAGAGUGAGGGUGGUGUUGAUCGGGCGGAUGCGCGGGCGGCGGAAGAGGUGGUGGUGGUGGAGGGUGUUGUUGAGGAAGCUGGGGGGGAUGGGGAGCACGGGCCAAGCUGUGUGGCACAGGCAGUGCCGGAAGUGGAUGGAGAGGUGGCGGGUAUGGGGCGAGAAGAUUGUGGACCGAGUGAAUUGCGGGAGGAAGGCGUGGCGAGCGGGGCGGCGCCGAACAAGUCGCAAGAAGGAGCAGCCUCGAGUGGGGAUGCCCGCUUGGAAGAAGAUGGAGACGCACCUCCACUGCCGCCGCGAGAGCAAACCACCAAGGAACCCGACGAAGAGGAAGCACCGCCCCCGCCUCUGCCUCCACGGAGGCCUACAGCUCUCACUCCAGCCGUAGCACCUCCAUCCCCAACCGACAACGCCGACGAAAACCCUGCCCCUCCAACCCACGAACUCGACCACACAGACGACGACCACACUCCCGCAAGCGCGCCCGAUCCCCCCUCCGCGGCGUCCGAACCCUCCCCCUCCCCACCCCUCCACCCCCACGACCUCCUCAUCCGCCACCACUGGCAAACCCUCCUCCUCACCGAACUCCGGCACAUCACCACCCUCCGCACCCUCCUCUCCACCCUCCGCCCCGCCGCCUCUUCCACAACCACAACCACGACGACGACCAACACCUUCCUCCACACCCACCACCCGCACCUCCUCCCGCACCUCGACGCGCUGCUCCCGCACCUCUCCACCCUCGCCGCCCUGCACGCGCGCCACCUCCUCGCCCCGCUCGCCCUGCAGCUCGCCAGCGUCGUCAAGUCCGACCUGCUGCUGCCCGUGUUCCGCGUGUGGUGGCGCAAGGCGGGCGGGGAGGUGCUGGCGGUGGCGCGACGGGUGCCGCACGCGGUCGCGGCGGUGCGGGCGACGAUGGCGGCGGAGGGGAUAGAGGGGGAGAAGUUCCGGCGGUGGGUGGUGGAGCUGUGUGGGGCGGAGGAUGGGCUGGUCGGGGUGUUGGAGAGCGCGGUGGUGGGGAGGGUGGGCGAGUAUGUGGGGGUUUUGGGGGCGGUGGAGGGGUUGGAGGGGGAGGCUGGGGGAGAGGGCGGCGGGGUGGCGACAAGGGUGGGGGAGUAUAGGCGGAUGAUGGUGAGGGUGCGGGAGGCGUGCGAGGAGGUGAUGAGGGAGGCGGAGGAGGCGGAGGGGCUGAGGGAUGUGUAUCGGAGGAUUCAGACGCUGGAUUAUCGCCAUGUGGAGGCGUUGGAUAUGUUUGGCGCGGAGAGGAGGAUGGUGUGGCAGGGGUCGUUGGCGUGCAGGACCAAGGGGAAGGGGCUGUGGAAUCAGGUUCAUUGUGUGUUGCUCGAUAACUACUUCUUCUGGGGGCGCGUGGAGCAGCCGCGGGAGAUGUGGUUCGGGAAGUACAAGUAUGGGGAGAAGCUGUGGGUUCUGGAAGCGGUAAGUGUCAUGAUCGGAGGAAUCUGCGUCUACAUGCUAAUCGAAGGAGUAGCCGAUGCCAGUCCAACAGCUCGAGUGUUCUUUCGACACUACCGAGAAAGGGAAAACGAAGGCCUCGAUCCUCGAUAA